CUUCACGCAGAAGUUUUUCGUACUCGCAGCGAGCCGUAUCCGCGUCGAUUAUCGUGUUUUUAUGCAAAUGAGUUUCGCAAGUUUAUUAUCGCGCGUACGCGGAAAGUGCAAUUUUGCAUCGUCAGUUUCGCGAUCGAUUUAUUCGUUCGUUUGGCUCGCUUCGUCGCGUGCUUAUUUCCGAAGGAGCGAAACAAGUUCGCGGCCGCAAGUGAAGAGGUUAGUGUUCGUCGACGCUGCAAUGGCGCCAAAUUCAUGAUCGAUAACGUGAUAUCAACGCCUGAAAGAGAUUAGAUUUUCAAAGACCCGAAUAAAAAAAAAGACAGCAGCGGUUUCUUCGCGGCACAUUGGAACUCCUGGCUGACCUUAUUAUCUGGGUGAUAACGCAUUGUCAAAAAAGAUGAACACUCCAAGCAGCGCACUUUUACUGCACUCGCCAAUCGAUAAAGAUAUACGAAUCACACCACGAGGAAGCUGUGGCAUCUCGAUCUCAAAAAAUUGGAUACUGAUGCAUGGCACCGCAUUAGGCUCGAUUAUCGACAAGUCUCGCGCGAUAUCGAGGUUCAUCACGAAAAUGGUACCAGGAGAACUCACGCUCACGUCGACGGAACUCGCGAAUGAAUUGAAAUUUCGAGUUUACCGCGAUCCGGAGAUCGACAAUGGUCCUCGAUCAAGCAAUAAUUCGCACGUUCAGGAACAUCUCGGUAACGUCGUGGCCGCUUGGAAGUGUCCACUCCUGACGAAGACCUUCGACGAGUUCUUUAAAACGUGGAACUUUCCGAAAUCGUCGAUUAAGUUCGAUCGAUUUCUGCGACCGAUCUACCUGCUCGUCUUCAUCGCCGAUUCUCAAGGAAAAUCGAUCGUGACAAUUCCUACGGUCAAGCAAGCUCUCUCUUGUCUGCUGGGCCAGGUGGUUCUGCGGAAUCCUAUUCGCGGAUCGACCGUGGAAAUCGAGUCCACGCCCUUCGGCAAUCCCGUAUUCAUUGGCUCGAUCGCACGUGGGGUCAUCAGCAAUGUCGUCGGCGACGAGGACUGCGUCGUCAUGACGGACGCGUACGCAUUUCCUGGUAGCGAGGGUGGUCCCGUCUACGUCAUCUCGCCAGAUUGCAAACGUCGAAUUAUCAGCGGGAUGGUGAUCGCGCCGUUAAGCUGGUGUCGUGGAGAAUGGGUGGAUUACACCUUCGCCGCCAAUCUUGCUCCGUGUUUGCUCAACAUUUUACGAACGAAGGAUCCUUGUUCUUCGAUCAUAAUAAGUUACCAGAAAGAUGAAGCAUUAGAUAAAGGUGUCGUGCUUGUAAGAUGUGGGAUUAAUUGGGGCACGGGUGUUCUCGUGGACAAGAAUACCGGUACAUUUCUGACGUGCUCGCACGUCGUCAGCGAGGCGCCAGAAAGGGAGAUAUCAAUCGAAAUGAGCAGAGACCAGACCAAUUCACGCGCGUGGGCGAAAUUGUUGUAUAGAACCCCGGAGAAUCAGCCUUACGACGUGGCUGUAUUGAGAGUAAAUCCACAGGAUGUGGAUCCUUCAUUGCAGUCGAUACGAUUGUCUCGUGCUCCGGUUGUAAAAGGCGAGCCGGUGGUCUCCGUGGGAUUUCCGUUCUCCUCGUCCAUCCGGCCGACCAUCAGCAGCGGCGUCGUCUCCAAGUCGAUGGACUGCGCGCUCCUGACAACUUGUUGCGCCCAGAGCGGUACCAGCGGCGGGCCGAUAGUCAGCCGCGCGACCGGCGAGAUGCUGGGAAUGAUUGUGUGCAACGCGCUCUCGUCGGACGGUGCCGUCCUGUACCCGCGGAUGAGCUUGGCGGUACCGGCCGCCACGGUGGACCGGCCCUUGCGGGAAUACUUGCGCACUGACAAUCCCGACGUGCUUCGAGCUUUCACAUGCGAUGACGCGAUAGUGCGCAAUGUUUGGAACUUCUACCCUUUGCUGCCGUCUAAACUGUGAAAAAAGAAUACGCAAGAUAACUUAUAAACUCUAUAUAUUCAAGCUCUAAUCGUAUGGUAUCGUUAUUUGUUAUUUAAUCCGUACUAUUCGAGCUAUUUUUAUUGCGACUAUCAUAUUGCGUAGGUAAUAUAUUGGAUUAUUUGCAUUACGGAAUAUUUGUCUGUGAGUCAUGUUGGACCUGCCGAUCUCGAAUUCGACACGCCGUUGUGAACAUAAUCUCACCUUCGAACCCUGAUUGAAUAACAUACGCCAUUGACCGAGUUUAAUAUAAAGAGAAAGUUUUUCGUGACGUUAAGUCGUAGCGAUCGGCACGCAAAGCGAUACAAGUCAAUGAUCCCUUCAUAUUUAUGCUAAAGACUUUGCUGAUGAAUAAUAUUAUCUGCAUAUGUCGUCGCGUAUUGAAUUUUCAAGCGGUAUUUAAUAACGUCGGUGUACAUACAUUUGCAUUUGCCUUGUUAGAAAAUAUGAUUUCUACAAAAAAUUAUUAAAUAUAUAUGAAAAAAUAUAAGAUACAUAUUAUAAAUUGAAAUUAACUUGUAAUAUCUUACUAUUUGUCUCAUAUAUGAUUCUAAUCCUUUUUUGAAAUAGCAUGUAGCGUAAUUCUCAGAUAUACUUGCUUCGCCAUCUGACAAAUGCUCGUACAACUUCCUUCGUAAUAUCUUUGAUCCAUAUUCGCUUCCUGUAUUUAAUUAAACAUAAAAGUUUCUCUAACAAUAGUAUAAUU